AUGCUGGCGCUGGCCUGCCUGGACAUGAUCUCCGAGCUGGAGGCGGUGAGCACGCUGUGCGACUUCGUGGCGAUGCGGGGCUACCUCAAGCACAUGCUGGACAGCCUGGGCAAGUCGACGCGAGGGCGCUGUGCGGCAUCCUGCAGCCUGUGCCGGACCAAUCUGCGUCCGCUGUACGUGUACGAGUCGCGGAUGGCCUUCCUCACGCGCAUGGCGAACACGGGCGUGGGCGCCCGCCUCCUGCUCGCCGAGCGGGCAUUGGGCGUGCUGUCCAACAUGCGCGUCUACGACCUGCAGCCCGACCUCAAGGCCAGCGAACUGAAGCGCAACGAGCCGCCAACCUUUCUGCGGCCAUCGACGAGCGUUUCCGUGCCAUCCUGCUGCCGGCACUGGCCCUCUGCGAUGCCAUUGUCAACUCGCUGGGGCGAUGCUGCGCACGGCCACACCGUCAUGGACCUGGGCCACCUGCAGCAGCUGGCCGCCAUCACCAAUCUGUUUGCCCGCACCAAUACGCACGAGGUGACCGCUCUGGAGGACAGCCUCGAUGUGGAGAACGACCUGGAGCUGCGCAACCGAUUGGGACGCCUGCAGCAGCUGAUGAUCGUCGUCUUUGGCCGCUUCUCCGCGAGGGCUCCAAAACGCUGCGCAUCAAGUUCUUCCCUGGACAUCGCCGCCAACCUGUCGCUCUACUGCCGCAACGCGGUCACCAGCCACGUGAAGGACAGCAUGACCUCCAAGUUCUUGCUCACGACCAUGAUCAACGACGUGACGCCGCUGACUGGCAAAAUGGACAGCAAGAAGCUGACGGCCGUCAUGCACACCAUCCUCAACCAGCUGAAGGGCUCCAUCGGCUAUUACCUCUCGCAGAAGUCCAUUACCGACAAUCUGCUGCAGCAGCGCGCCUCCCUGCCGAACAUCAGCUUUGGUCCCAAUGGCAAGCAAAGCUAUCUGGACUUGAGCCAGCGGCACAACGAGAAGCGCAGCGAACUGAUGCAGGCCGUCUUCAUUGCCGAGCAGAAUCUGUACUUGCUGUGGAUCCACCUGGACUUCUACCUGCGCAACGCCGUUGUCUAUGCCAACGAGAACCGCAACGCCAUCAACGAGAGUCUCCUGGACAACGGCAACGGCAAUGUGUCCGUGCUGAAUGCCUCGCAGGACGAGAUCCUGCAGCUCAAGCAGCUGCUCAUCUCCACCUUCAACGAGACCUUCUGCACGCAGCUAAUCACGGCCAGCGAGGACUACGCGACCAAGUGCAGGGGCUUCAACGCCUCGCUGCUGCGCCGCAUCAAGGCGCUCGUCCAGUUCGCCCCGGUCACUGCCAAUGGCGACAAUUCCACGUUCAUCUCGUAGGCCCGAAUCGAACGCCAUUUCCCCCCCCUGCCGGCUCGUCUUGGUCCUUCGGUACGGAUAUCCGCCGCUAAGUUGCGCCUCGCAUCGGUAGGGCGAUGCUGCCCUCCCGGUGUCUGAUA